AUGGCCCAGGCGACCCCGGCCCCGGCCCCCCCCGCCCCCGCGCCCCCGCAGAAGACCAGCGACUGCUACCGCGUGGACGACGACCUGCCGGCCAGGUUCAACAACCCGGCGUGGUUUCGGGGCUACGGGACCAAGAAGGCCGUCUCGGUGUACAGGACCAGUAACGCCGCCUACGGGAGCAGAGCCCCCACGGUGCACGAGAUGCCGAAAGUAUUUUAUCCAAAUUCGAGUAAAUUUUCCAGACAACUUGCAGCUGGUGGAAUGUUCCGGAAUAAUACCCUCAACGUCUCCAUGGAGAAGAGCAUUGUGACAGGUCCCGACAACUACAUCACCCCCUACGACCGGUUCAACUUCCACCCCAGUUACAACGUCAGCAAGCCGUCCAUCUGUGAUUGGCCGGCCUCCUGACCCCGGCGGGGUGUCUGAAGCGUCACCCCCGCUCUCUCAUCACCUGCCCAGUUGUAGGACAGACUUCACUGCUUUCCCUGAAAACGUUUUUACUCUUUAGAUUAGAAAAACACGCAGACGGGGCUGUCAGGCCCUGUUUGUUCUAUAUUAUGUCUAAGAUGGAAAAGAUGCUAAUGGCUCGACUUUUCAUUAAAAAUGUUGCUACAUUCUGAA